CAGCAGCAACAACAACAAUAGCAGCAGCAGCAGCAGCGAACGCAGCUAGAAAAGGAGACGCGAAGGAGAGCCGCUGCAGCCGUCAUUUACCGUUAUCGAAGCCGAAGUUCAAGGAGGGCGGAACUGGAGUAAAAUAGCAAAAGUUCUCUUCGUUUCGUUCUUUUUUUUGUUGCUCAAGACAAAACGUCAACUGCAGUUUUAGCAAGAAAACGGGAAGCGGCGAUAAUAACCAAACUUUAGCUACAACAACUAAAGAAAACAAAAAAACAUAGAAUAGCUAACUAAAAGCUAGCAGAAGCCACAAUAACAACAACAACGACAACGCCAGCAAAAGUGACAAAAUGAGGCGAAAAACGGACAGCAGAAGGAGUAGUGCGAGGAGAUCAGCAACAGCGCUAAACAUUUGGCACUUUUUUCUUAUCGCUCUCACAGCGCUAAGUUCCUUGAUCCUUGCCGAUGAAUCUAUUGAUACUCGUGAGAAUGCAGACUUAACCCUCAAAUGUCGAUUUAAUGACAAAUAUGAGGCCAACGAUUUCUCCUUUUUCUGGACCCGCUGGACAGCGAAUCCUGCCCAGUUCGAUAAUGUGGCCAUCGGUGAAGUGCAGUUGAGUUCCGGCUAUAGACUCGACUUUCAACCGGAGCGUGGCAUUUACGAUCUGCAAAUCAAGAAUGUAUCCUAUAAUCGGGAUAAUGGCCGCUUCGAGUGCCGGAUUAAGGCCAAGGGCACCGGGGCCGAUGUCCAUCAGGAGUUCCAUAAUCUCACAGUGCUAACACCACCCCAUCCACCUGUGAUCUCACCUGGCAAUAUAGCCGUGGCCACCGAGGAUAAGCCCAUGGAGCUUACCUGCAGCAGCAUUGGCGGUUCCCCCGAUCCCACCAUAACUUGGUAUCGCGAGGGCUCUAAUUCUCCCCUGCCAGCCACUGUUUUAAGGGGCGGCACCAAGGAUCAACCCACCAAUGCCACUUUAUCCAUAACUCCCAGAAGGGAAGACGAUGGUGCUAAAUACAAAUGUGUGGUUAGAAAUCGAGCCAUGAAUGAGGGAAAACGUUUGGAGGCCAUUGCCACUUUGAAUGUUAACUAUUAUCCCCGCGUCGAGGUUGGACCAGAGAAUCCUUUGCGAGUGGAACGUGACCGGACUGCCAAGCUGGAGUGUAACGUGGAUGCCAAGCCCAAGGUGCCGAAUGUGCGAUGGAAUCGUAAUGGUCGCUUCAUCAGUUCCUCACUGGUCCACACGAUCCAUCGGGUGAGUGUCGGGGAUGCUGGCAAAUACACCUGCAUAGCGGACAAUGGUCUUGGCAAGACGGGAGAGCAAGUCAUCCUGGAUAUCCUGUAUCCGCCCACGGUGGUGAUUGAGUCUAAGACUAGAGAGGCCGAAGAAGGUGACACAGUGACCAUUCGCUGCAAUGUCACGGCCAAUCCCUCACCGGUGACCAUCGAGUGGCUGAAAGAGAAUGCUCCCGAUUUCCGUCAUAGUGGCGAUGUUUUGACCCUAAACUCUGUUCGAGCUGAACACGCCGGCAAUUACAUUUGCCGAGCUGUGAAUAUAAUGCAAAGUCAGGGUAUGGAGCGAAGUGAACGCGUGGGUAACUCCACGGUGGCCCUACUGGUUCGUCAUCGUCCUGGACAGGCGUACAUUACACCCAACAAACCGGUGGUUCAUGUGGGCAACGGUGUCACACUCACCUGUGCCGCCACCCCAGGCUGGCCAGUUCCCCAAUACAGAUGGUUCCGCGACAUGGAUGGUGAAUUCUCAAGCACUCAGAAGAUCUUGGCUCAAGGUCCACAGUAUUCUAUACCCAAGGCUCACCUGGGCAAUGAGGGAAAGUAUCAUUGUCAUGCCGUGAAUGAACUGGGCAUCGGUAUGAUGGCCACCAUUGUCCUGGAGAUUCAUCAACCACCUCAGUUCCUGGCCAAGUUGCAGCAGCAUAUGACAAGGAGAGUGGCGGAUACGGAUUAUACGGACUGCAGUGCCAAGGGUAAACCAGCUCCAAGUGUCAAGUGGCUAAAGGAUGGCAUGGAGAUUUUGCCAGAGGAGAACCUGUACGAAGUGCAAACCAAUCCCGAUCAGGGUCUCAAUGGCAUGGUCACUGUACAGAGUCAGCUCAAAUUUAGGGGCAAAGCCAGACCCAAUGGUAAUGCCUUGGUGCCUGGAGAUCGUGGCCUGUACACAUGUCUAUAUCAGAAUGAAGUCAACUCGGCCAAUUCCUCGAUGCAACUGAGGAUCGAACAUGAACCCAUUGUCCUGCAUCAAUACAAUAAGGUUGCAUUCGAUCGAGAGACUGCAGAGGUUGUGUGCAAGGUUCAGGCAUAUCCCAAGCCAGAAUUCCAAUGGCAGUUUGGCAAUAAUCCCUCACCAUUGACCAUGUCUUCGGAUGGACACUAUGAGAUCAGUACCACCACAGACAACAAUGAUAUCUACACAUCUGUAUUGAAAAUCAACUCUCUGACGCAUUCGGAUUAUGGAGAAUACACUUGCCGAGUGGCAAAUACUUUGGAUACCAUCCGAGCUCCCAUUAGGCUGCAACAAAAGGGACCCCCAGAGAAACCCACCAAUCUACGAUCCACCGAUGUUGGUCACAACUAUGUUUCCCUAAGCUGGGAUCCUGGUUUCGAUGGUGGUUUGAGCAAAACCAAGUUCUUUGUCAGCUAUCGACGAGUGGCAAUGCCACGGGAGGAGCAAGUGAUUCCCGAUUGUGCCAAUUUGGCUAACUCGAAUUCGGAUUGGGUGGAAGUUGAUUGCCAGCGGGAUAUUCCCUGCAAAGUUACCUCCUUGGAGCAGCAUCAGAGUUAUGCCUUCAAGGUGAAGGCCCUGAAUCCCAAGAGUAAUUCUCCCUACUCCAGUGAGAUUCUGGUCACCACAAAGGUUAGCAGAAUCCCACCGCCACUGCAGGUGACCUAUGAGCCGAGUACUCGCACCUUGGGCAUCGAUGUGGGUGCCACAUGUCUGUCCCUCAUGGCUGUGGUGGAGAGCAUGGUCAAUGCUGAUACUCCGAUGCCAGCUUGGGAAGUUGUGGAUACCCUGGAGAAUCUUCAGCUGUCCGGUGCUGGACCCACGCACAAGGAGAAGAUCUUGGAGCGUUUGAAUAGUGCCAGGAGGUUAGGAGGAGGACGUGCCUUGGGACACACCAUCAGCGAUGAGGAGGAUAACCAUGGUCUAAACAGUCUGGCUCUCGAGGACGAUAGUCCUGUGGUGAGAGUGAAACUAUGCCUGAGGACGAAUCAGGAGCAUUGCGGCGAUUACACAGAUGCUGAGAUUGGUCGCCCGUAUAUUGCAGAGGCUAGUGCCCUGGCCACGCCCACACUGAUUGCGAUAAUCGUGUCCUGCAUCGUGUUCGCCUUGUUUGCCGGCCUGAUCCUGAUGUUCUGUCGCUGCAAGCGCAAUCAGUCCAAGAAGAGCGCCGCCGCCAAGGAUUACGAGAUGGACUCCGUCCGACCAUCGAUAGUGGCUGCCCAGCAGAAUCAGGCACCGCCGCCCUACUACCCCGCCUCGGGACUGGACAACAAGGCCCUGGAGCAUUCGAUGGAUCUUGCCUUGAGCAUGGAGGAGCAAAAGACAGCGUUGUAUGCCACUCAGAAUGGGUACAGCUAUCAUCCGGGCAGCGGUGUGGUGGGUGGCGGAGGCGUCGGACCCGGAGGAGUUGGUGUCGGGGUCGGCGGAAGUGUGGUCAGCGGAAUGGGAGUUGGCAGCGUUGUUGGAGUCGGAGGCAUUGGUAGCAGUUGCAUGGGAGUCAAUGGAAUUCCAGGACUCACGGCACACACAAUGCCAGGAAAUGAAUGGGUCAACAUGGGCUACAUGGAGAACAACUAUUCCAACUCGAACAACGGCGGCAGUGUCAACUCACAGGACUCGCUGUGGCAGGUGAAGAUGUCCGCAGCAGCUGUGGGCAAUCAGCAGGGAAUGGUCCAGGCACCCCUUAACCAGUACGUGGAGCAGCAGCCCAACUAUGGCUACGAUCCAUUGACCCAUGGCGGUUACGGGGCCGUGGAUGACUAUGCCCCAUAUCCGCACCUGACGGCCACACCCAGCCAGGUGGGCGAUGAGUAUCACAAUUUGAGGAAUAGCCAGAAUCCGUCCCGGCAGGACUACUGCAGUGAUCCCUAUGCCUCCGUACAGAAGCCCAAGAAGCGAGUCGAUCAGCAUUUAGAUUCACCAUAUCACGACGUAAGCGGCCUGCCCAAUCCCUACAACAUGGAGCAUCUGGAACAGGACGAGGUCCUGCCGCCGCAGCAGCACUUGUCCCUCAGCUACGAUGAGAGCUUCGAGGGCGAGUAUUCAACAACGCCGAAUGCCAGAAAUCGUCGCGUCAUACGCGAGAUUAUUGUCUAGGAAAUUCUAGUUCGCAAAAAACAAAACAAAUCAAAAAAUCCGCACUCGAAAAAUCAUAUAUUAACUCUAUCGUCUAACACUCUUUCUCGCCGACAUCUACAUUUGUUUUUUAUAUGAUUUUCCCUGACUUGACUUUCCUGCUCGACUGUUAGCAGACUUUUUGAAAAGUGGCCAUCAUUUUGAAUACUUUUUUUAAAUAUAUUACAUUACAUAUAUUUACUUCGAUGUAAGGCUUAGUUUUGAGGGAUACGAAACGAACACGUGUGUUGAGUUUUAUUGGCAACGAAAGCGAUAUGCAUAGAUAUAUAAAUCGAUACAGAUAGGCAUUAGAGUUUCCAAUCUAUCAGAAGCAAACACACACACACACACAGAAAACUGAGGGAAAACCCAACUGGACACACACAUACAGACCCGAGGAAACAGACAAGAAACCAUCACUGGACAAGCACUAAAUGUUACGAUUUACCAGAUAGCAAUUAGGGCUAAUUAGUAGUUAAUAUUAAUAUUAAUAUAUAUAUAUAUAUAUAAAUAUACGGUCGUCUAGGUCCCAGUUGCAACAAAACGAAACAAACAUUAAACUGUAAGGCAUCUAAUGUUGGAAUCGAAACAAAAUCUCACACACUUGACCCUAGGCUUAAAAUGGAAACGUAACUCUUAAGUGAUGAUGAUUCUUGUCGGUUCUGGAAACAGAACCACAACAAAAAAAAGCUAAGGAAAAUAAUUUAAAAUUAACAGUACGACCUGCCACAAAAACAAAACUAAAAAAAAACCAACAAAAAAACAAAAAACUUGACGUAACUUAAUUUAAAAUUUUUAAAUAAAUUUUGAGCAAGAAACAAGAGCGAUACAGAGUUGCUUUAAGUAAGUUAAAACUAAAGUACAGAGAACUUUAAACAAAUAAAAAAUUAUUACAAAUAAUUGAAAAAAAAGCAAACAAAAACCACUCCCAACUCCAAUCUGAAUACUUUAAUUUAAUUUACAAAAUGUUUAGUAAUAAAUAUUUAAUGUUUUCCAUUUGUAUGUUUUUGAGCUUUGUGUUGAAAAAUUCAAAAUUUUAAUUGUGGUAAUAAAUCGUUUAAUUUGUAAUUAAGUUUAAGCCAACUAGAAAACGAUUAAUUAAGUUAUGUUUUAACCCACACAGAUAUUGAGUUGAAAAUAUAUAUAUAUAUAUGUUUUGUUUGUGCAUUUGCGUUGUGUUUUUUAAGCCCGUUUAAACAAGUGUUUUUUGCAACUUUUUGACACACACACACUCAGACGCAGAGGCGGAACAUUUUUUGUAGCUAAGAUUUAAUUGUAAAUACAUCUGUAAUUUGUAUAUAUUUACUUGUCUUGCAAAG